AUGCUGCUGAGAAGCUCAGCAGGAUUGGUCCUGCUCUUACUCUCUCAUUGCACUGUGCCAGAGAGUGUUGCAGAGGAAGUGGCUUUGGCCAAUGGGCACCUCCUCCCCCAGGGAUCCAGCGUGAGGCUGAGCAACAGCAAUGAGCAAGACUACCCAAGGGAUUGUUUUGAGAUCUUUCAGCGCUCCAGAGGCAAUGCCAGAGAUGGUCUUUAUGUCAUCCAGCCCAAGGAGGAGCCAAUUGUUGUCUGCUGUAACAUGCAGGAUGGUGGCUGGACAGUAAUCCAGCACAUUACAGCCAACAGCACGCUGGACUUUGACAGGACCUGGCAGGACUACAAGCAUGGCUUUGGCUCUGUCCAUGAGAACCACUGGCUAGGGACUGAAUACAUGCACCAGCUAACCAGCAGCCCUGUGCACUAUGUCCUGGGAGUGAAGCUUGUGACCCUCAGUGCUGAAGUCCUCUGGGGCCAGUAUGAGCCCUUCCUUGUGGAGGCUGAGGAGUCUGAGUACCGCCUCAGGGUUGGGCUCUACAGGGGCAAUGCCACAGAUGCCUUGACCCAGGACACCAUAGCUUAUGUCCACGACAACCAGAAGUUCACCACCAAGGACAGAGACAACGACAACUACUUCCAGAACUGUGCCAAGCUGGAGCUGAAUGGGGUUCCUGGGGGAGGCUGGUGGUACAAUGCCUGUGCUGGUGCAAACCUGAACCGCAGGAACGCGAUCUACUGGCAGCAGGACUGCAGCAAGCAGCACCUCUGCAAGUUUGCCUGGAUGAUGGUCAGACCCAGCCACCACAGCCUGGCACACCCAGCCAAGCCCUGCUCCUGUCCCAAGCUUGAACUGUAG